AUGGCCAAGAUCGCUCACCCCGUGGCCCACGAGCUUGGCAUCACUAGACGCAAGCUCGAAGAGGCAAAUCAGCAGCUGGCAGUGGCGAGGGCUGAGAUCGAGAUCCUGAGAGACGAAGUAGCAAGGCUUCGCCAGCAUGUACCACCAGAGUUCAAGAUGCGACCACGAUUGUCUUCUCAAUCUACACCGCCCUUACACCCCAAGCGCAUCCAAUCCUCUAUCCCUCGAUACGCCCAGCCAACACAAGCAUCGGAACAACGGACUAUGAAAUCGACAACACAGCCUCAGAAUCAGACGACCACGUUUGGAACUGUCACCUUGACCAUUAAACUGUCAGAUACCCAGUACAGGGAUCUCAUGGAUCUGAUCACCCUCUUGCCGGCGACCCGGCUGGAAGAUGAUGAGCUGCAGAAGACAUCGAUGAAACACAUGCUUAUCGACGAUGGACAGCAGGCCAGUUUGCUCGUCCAAGGCAGGGAGCUGGCGCAAAGGUGUCUCUGGAACCUUGCGGAAGAGCCCCCGGCAGCAGCUUGUUUUCGCAUCGACGAAGUGGACGAACAUCUGAAGAAUGUCCAGAAGAUGGCCAUCCAGCUCUACGAUAAGACAGGAGCACUGCAGGCACGUAGAUUGAGGGACGAGCUCCGACAGGCGGCACACGAUACGUUCGACGAAAUCACCACUUUGGGACCGUGA